AUGCACGCAGCAUGCUGGGCAUGCCGCAGUCGUACGAUCCAAUGCGACCAAACCAGCACACCUUGCGCCAAGUGCAAGAAGGCGGGGCUGGAAUGCUUUGAUAAAAGACCCCUUCGAUGGGUCAAAGGCGUGGCAAUCCGGGGGAAAAUGCGCGGUCAAGUCCUCGGAAUGGGUCCCAAAGCCUCAGAUGAAUAUCCAUGUGCGGACUCCAAGCCGAAACAAACCUCACAUCCAAGCGCGACGUCUCUAGCAAUCAAUCCUACUCCUCGGUUCGCGUUGCAAGACCCCUGCGUCCACGAUCUCGAUUGGUCAUCGAGGUUCUAUCUUGACUAUUCUGUGGCCGCACGGCAUUACGCGAAUGCAGGCCAUUCAUUCGAUCGAACCGAGGACGCUUUAUCCCCUCGAUAUGUCAAUGCUAAUUUGGAUGCGCUCCAUUUCAAGAGGCAAACUAUUCAAGCAUUGUCAUCGUCAUUGUCUCAUCCAGACAGUUCUCAGAAAGAUGAGGUCAUGGCAAGUAUUCUUCUUUUAAUUUUCUUGAUCUUCUCGAGUCGGGUAUCGAUGGUUGGAAGCAUCAUCUCCGUGGUGCAGAAGGUCUCCUUGACCUUUCGCGCGCACUGCUGGAUUCUGGUGCCGGUGAACAUUCCAUCACCGGCCCUUCACAAGCAAUAG